AAGUGCACUGAUUGAACAGCAAAGACAAUCAGUUUUACUCUUGACCCUUUAAAACGUUAUCAAAUAUUAUUGAAUAAUGGCUGCUUACGGGCAUUAUUUUGAUGAAACAACUAAGGAAAUUCACGCUACUAAAACACAAGCUGAGUUAGAUGACAGAGGCGUUGGAUAUGUGUUGUUUUACAGUAUGAAAAAAUCAGCUGAAAAAGGAUUAACUGCUCAGAUUGAAGCAAUAACAGGACACCGCGAUUCUUUCAAAAGUUUUCUCUCUCGUUGUGUUAGAGUAGCAAUGUCAAUGCGAAAAAUGGGAAUAAAACGCGGUGAUGUAAUCAGCAUUUGCAGCUAUAAUCAUUUAAACAGUGCAGUGCCGUAUUUGGCUGGACACUUUAGCGGUGCUACUAUAGCGCCGACAGAUCCUUCAAUUUCAGUGGAAGAUCAAAGACAUCUUAUGAAUCUUGUUAAACCGAAAAUUAUCUUCGUUUGCAACGGCAGUGAGGAACAAACUUUGAAAGCUUUAGCACCGUUGAAGUUCAAAUGCGAAGUUAUCACAUUUGCUCGAGACAAAGGCAGUCAAUAUCGUAGUUUUGCUUCGAUGAUUGAGAAGCAAGACGAUGAGGAAAACUUCGAACCUGUGAUCAGUGAAGACCCCACUGCAACUUGUGUGAUUUUGUUUAGUAGUGGAACUACUGGAUUGCCGAAAGGAAUUUGUUUGAAUCAUUAUUUCAUUAUGAGUACUUUUACAAGUGUGGAAUCUUUACAAACAGUUAAACCAAGAUUUUUGAUUUAUUCUUCUUUGUAUUGGAUCUCAGCAAUUGGUUUCCAAACAAUUUGUUUUUAUUAUGGAAUGGAACGCGUUGUGUGCACUCAUUAUGAUUCUUCGUUAAUCUGGGAAUAUAUAAGAAAAUAUCAAGUUCAUGUUGCAUUUUUAGCACCUGUUCAAGCAAUAAGAAGUCUUGAAUAUCUUCAUCCGUCUAAAGAAAACCCUAUACCUUUAAAAAUAAUGUUGAUGGGAGGUUCAGCACUCGCAGCAACAUAUUAUCAACGCCUAAGAGAUUUGCUGCCUCAAACACUAAUAACAAAUGGCUACGGCCAAACAGAACUUGGUUUUAUUGCAUCGUUUCAAAAACCCGACGAAUAUUACCUAAAAUUAAAUUCUGUCGGAGUAUUAUCAGCAAAUUGCAUUGCAAAAAUUGUUGAUCCUGAUAGUGAAGAAGCCUUAGAUUUGAACCAAAAAGGUGAAAUUCGUAUAAAAGUACCUUAUCCAAUGAAUGGAUAUUACAAUCAAGAUUCCACCUCGGUGUGGGAUUCCAACGGCUUUGUAAAAACGGGUGAUCUUGGUUACUUUGACGACGACCUGUGUCUUUAUCUCACCGAUCGCAUCAAAGAAAUGUUUAAGUAUCAGUCUUGGCACAUUGUGCCUGCCAAACUGGAAGCAAUUUUACAAUCGCAUCCGGAUGUUGAAUUGGCAAUUGUUGUGGGCAUUCCGCAUCCGAUUGAAGACAACCAUGCGGUCGGUGCGGUCACUCUAAUGCCCAAAGCUACCGUUUCAGCGAACGAGUUAGAAGAGUACGUGGAAAGUCAAGUGGAUGAAAGAAACAGAUUACGAGCUGGAGUUGUAAUAUUGGAUCGCAUGCCAUUGACGCCCACAGGGAAAAUCAUGCGGAGGGAAGCCAAAGAAAUGUUAAAGAAAAUCGUUAAACUUAGAUAUUAAAUAAUCUAAACACUAUAGAUAAUUAAUACAUUUAAUUGUUUAUUACUUAAUCGUAAAUAUUACAAAACACAAAA